GAAACGCAACAGUCCUGUAUAGUCCGCUCUCUGACUUCACUAGUCUCAUUCUCUCUAGAAGAUGGCGGACUGCGCUUCACUGUUGGAUGAGGAGCUCUCUUCCUUUGUCUUCAAUUACCUGACAGAAAACUCCGGGAGCCAGUAUGGGGAGGAGGAGGUCUCUUCAGACCACCUGGAUGCAGACUUCCCAGACAUUGACCUCUCUCAGCUGGACACCAGCGACUUCAACUGCCUCAGUGAGCUGCACUGGUGCAGCGAGCAGCCAGACAGCUCCCCGUCCUCCACCCACUACCACACAGGGGACCCCGAGUUCCUGGAGAUAGAAGAGGAGAAUGCAGCCCUGUUGGCGGCACUCACAGACAGCCUGGACAGCAUGGUAGAAGACGAGGUGGUGGGCCUCAGCGUCUUCCCCUCUCUGACGGAUGCGUCCGAAGACGAGGAGGAGGAGGAGGAGGACAGCAUGGAGAGCAGCGGGGACGGCUGCAGUGAACUGGGCUCACAGCAGCAGCUACGUAGAAGGCUCCCCUUAACCAAGACAGAGAUACUCGCCUCCCAAACCUGUGAUGCAGAGGAGCCCUCCCUACUGGAGAAGCUUCUGCUUACUCCUCCAAAUGUGCCUGUCGGCCUCGACUCUCAAAAAGAGGCCAGUUUCCGUAGUAGCCAUAGCAGCAGUCGCAACCACCACCUCAGGCCUGCCAGGCCACCCCUUAAGACAGGGAAGCGCGCCGGCUCUCUGGAGGCCAAGUCUCGGGCCGCCCUCCGUCCCGCCGGCCGCCUCUGCACAGAGCUGCACCGGCACCUGACCACCGAACGACACCAGCUCCAGACAGAGGAAGAGGGGGAGGAGGAAGAGGAGGAGGAGGAAGAGGACCUGGCAGAGGAGGACGAGGAAGAAGAGGACAGUGAGUCUGAAGAGGAGGAGGAUGCCGAAGAGGACGAGGAAGAGGAGGAAUCUUUCAGCAGCGAAGGCGAGAGUGGAGCCCAACCACAGGGGAUCCUCCAUGGGCCCCUUCCAGCCCCGCCCAAGCCCCAGUUCUCCUCCGAGCGCGAGCUGCACUCCGUGGUGGAGCUCGUGAAGUACAUGCACACCUACUGCGUUCCCUCGCGCAAGCAGCAAGCCAGCUGGGACCGCAAGGAGCGCGAGAUGGCUGCCGCAGCAGCAGCAGCAUCGUCGGGCCAUCGCCGCACCAGUACCACACCUUCCUCUUCUUCCUCCUCUCUGCCACGCUCUGCCGGCCACUGCCACAGAGGACCCACCACCACCGCUGGCUAUGCUCACCACCAGAGCAAUGGGGCGGCGGUAGUGCGGCCGCGCCUGGCGUUCACACGGCAGCGGGACAUGCGGGCGUUCACCCUACUCAAGCAGCUGCUGGAGGCCGUCAACCCCUUUGACGUCAGCAAGCCCUACCGUUACCACAGCGCCCCCUAUGCCUCGGCACGCGUUGCUGCUGCCGCCACGCUCAACAGCAGCAGUUGCAUUCAUCAGCAACAGCAGGGUCUGCAGCUUCAUAACAAAGCUACACAACAGGCCUGCUGCAACAGUCUUGGGAGCGCGACGGAGCCCAGUGUCGCCGUGCUACAGACGCAGCAGCCGGAUGAUGAUGCCGCCUCGUUCUCAGUGCGCCGCUCUAGGCGUCUGGCCUCCUUCCCCAGCCGCUUCGCCAAGAGGUCGCGACCCUUACACAUCAGCUCCGGUAGCCCCACCCCCACACCGACCCUGGCGCUCAACACCACCACGCCACCGCCUACUCAUAAUGCACCACAGGGGUCCAUAGAGACGGCCACGGAGGAAAAUGACCUCCAGCAGAAGAGCCCCGUCUGCAGCGGCAGUCCUUUGUGUGACAGUGAGAACAGGUCCUGUCUCUGUCUCCCACUCAGUCUCAAAUCCACAGGAGACUCCCAGUAUGCCAACAAGCCCUUUGAGGCAACACUCAGCGUGGAAUUGUGUGGCACAGCAGGGCUGACCCCUCCCACCACCCCGCCUCACAAGCCGGUGGAAGAGGAACUCUUCAAGCCAGAAGGGAAGGGGGCGGAGCUUCCCUCGCCCUCACCGCCCUCCCGCGGCGGAGGCGGGUUCCUGUCUCGGCCUCACGCUCGGAAGCUGCCGGAACAGACGGAGCUCUAUGCACAGCUCCAGCGCAUGGGCCAGGCCGAGUACACCCCGCCGUCUCUACUUCGCCCGGGCUCGCUGCGUUCCUACGGCGACCACGAUUACUGUCUGCUCAACCUGACGACCGACAGCCGCAAGCGCCCUGCCUCCGCCCUGCUCACCGCCUCCACCGCCGUCUCCAUCACCGGCCACCACCCACCCCCAGGACUGGCCUCUGCCCUCCUAACCCCCACCUCCCCCCCGGCCCUGGGGCUCCUCUCCCACGAUGCCCACACCAACAACAGGCAAGUUGUUGGGACACCCGAACGAAGUGGUAGUGGCGAUCGUCUUUGCUCCAAACUGCUUCGGCAGAGGGAGGAGGAGAAGGAGGGAGGGGAAGGAGGAGGAGGAGGAGGUGGGCGUCUGACUCUGCGCACCACAGGCUGCUCCUCCUCCGCUUCCUUGACACCCCAGGCCUUGUCAACAAGGAACGUGGACGAGGACACUGUGCCGCUCCCCCCGCCACCUCGCUCCCCAUCGCCUGGCAACAACAUGCGCCCCUCGACACCCUGCUGCCAACCCCACUCUCCUAGUGGCAAGGCCAGCUACAGCUGUGAAAACUCUGAGACUUGCCAUGGAGACAAACAGCGAUACAAAUGCAAAACUGUACAGCAGAAUGAUGACGACUGCCGUGUUUUCUACAUUCACAACCUGCCCAGCAGCGUGACGCAGAGUAUGCUGCGAAAGCGCUUUGAGGCCUUUGGUGAUCCCAAGGACUGCAGGGUGGUCAUCAAAAACGACCGAGACCGUUGUGGAGUGAUCACUUUCAGGAAGGGACAGAGCAGUGGUUCUCAGCGGUAUCGGACAGGGUUUCAAAAUGGCAGCAGUGGUUCGCGCAGACUGAGCAGGAAACGCUACAUAGACUUGGAUGAAGCUGGGCCUGGCCCUGUGAAGAGCAAGUACGACUCUAUGGACUUUGACACCCUUCUAAAGGAAGCCCAGAAGAGUCUGCAUCGCUGAUGAUGAUGCGCCUUACUCACUCACUUACUCAUGCAACAAUCCCUCCCUCCCUUCUCCUCUCUUCUCUGCUCCCUACCCCAUUGCAUUUUACCACAUCCACAGCCCCAGAUUUCUGUAUGCACACGCACACACACACCAACAAAAAACGAAACGCGCACUCACACAUACCCCGCCACCACCACCACCCUUUUUAAAAUGAAACACAUAUGCCCUCCCCUGACCUCUUAAGGCCCUACAGCCUCGGAUGCUCCUCGCCUCAGUACCUGGAGGAAGGCAGGCACCUCAUAAUGUUUACAUUUCCAACAUCAGAAUGGUGAUGCCUCAACUUGACCUGAGGGGACUUCUGGGUUUUCUAAUGCCCAGGUGGACUGAGAGGACAAAGAGGACAAAUGAACAAGCGAACAAGGAGGGUAACCAAACAAACAAAAAGAACAAACAGCAAAACAAAACAAAUGCGAAGUGAAACACUGAGCAAGAAUGCUGCUUCCUGUUGUGUGUAUCCUAAAGACGUUUGCUGUUGUCGCCGAGGUGUCUGUAGCAAGCCUGUGCUCUUCGCAUUUGGAAAUUGUGUGUGUAUGCUUUUAUGUGUAUGUGUCUCAUGUGCAAGGUGUGUGUGUGUGUGUGUGUGAGAGAGAGAGAGAGAGAGAGUUGUUUUAUAGUCCUUCCUCCCCUCAUCUAUGAGUCAGCUGAUGACUAGACUGUGGGAGCAAUACUAGCUAUAUACAUUUUAGCAAAUCGUUGGUGUUCACAACUGUUGUAUGUAUGUACGUAAGGUAUGUGUGUGUGUCCGUGUAAUUUUAAAUUAAGAAAAAAAGAGCAUUAAUACAAAUGUAGAGUUUACAAAGUCACAGAAGACAGACCGAAAAAUAAGAGUUGACUCACGACUAAA